AUGGCGGCUCAGGAGGCCGCCGCAGCUGAUUCUUCGGGUCCUCGGUUCGCUCCGGACGACCCGACGCUCCCGGCGCCUUGGAAAGCUCUGAUUGAUGGCGUGACGCUGUACUAUUGGAAUCCAGAGACGAAUGUGACCCAGUAUGAGAAGCCUGCUGCGACUGCAGGGGUGCCCCCCUUGCCAGCAGGUCCUCCGCCGUCGACCCCUGCGCAAGUCCCGGAACCUGCACCUGGGGCGUAUUCGCAGCCUAACGUGCAGUUCGGUCAAGCUGGGCAGGCAGGGCACCAGGAGCGUCCUGGCCAGGCAGCUUAUCCUCCUCAGGGUGGCCAGCUUGGGCAGCAGCAGCAUACUCAGCAGCCAGCUCAGCAGCAACCGUUUCAGCAGCAUGGCACGGCUCAACACCAGGCUUCGUUUCAGCAAGUGCCAUAUCAGCAACAGCAGACGCACAUGCCAAAUCAGCCGCAUCAGUACCACAGCGCGCAUCCUCAACACAUGCCGUAUCAGCAUGAUCAGGCAGACCAGCGUUUAGAGAUGCCACAAACUGCCUAUAAUCAAGCUCAGCAGUCACCGAUGCCUCAAGCUGCCUACAAUCAAGGUCAGAGUCAGCAGCCACCGAUGCCACAACAUUCAUACAAUCAAGGUCAAGUUCAGCAGCCACCAAUGCCACAACCUUCCUACAAUCAAGGUCAGCAAUCCAUGAUACCACAGUCUGCCUACAAUCAAGCUCAGCAGCCACAAAUUCCACAUGGUGCUUAUAAUCAAAGCCAGCAGCUGCAGGGAGUUAGGAUUGCUCAGAGUCAAGGGCAACAUCCUCAACAAUCUUUGAGCUUUCCCCAAGCUUCGCAGUCGCCGCAGGUUUCUCAACCUCAAGGACUUAAAAUGCCAUCUCAGCAAGGUCAACCGCAGCAUGGAUUGCCGUUCCCUCAGCAUGGAAAACCGCCACUGUCACAUGGGCAACAAAGUCCAUUGUUGAAGGAUGAUGAUGGAGGAGUUCAUGAAGGCAAGUGGUCUGGCUUUUCAUUACCACUUAGUCAGCAGGGUGGCCAAGCUCCUCUCCCAAAUCAGCAGUUACCUUUUAGUCAUCAACAUCCUGGAGCCCUUAGUAGCCAGCCAAAUAUACCUGGAGUCGGUGGGCCAUUAUAUCCUGCCAAGCAUCUUCCUGGUGGAUCAUCCUCUGCUGAGACUAAUAACAUGGGUUUUAUGAACUCACCUGCUCAAAUGCAUCAAGGUGGAGCUGAUACAAACUACCAGCAAAAACCAGUUAGUGGCCAUGCAGUUCCAAAUCAUGUUGGUCCAUCACCAAUUCGACCUCCAAUGGGUUUUGAUAUGGGUAAUAGUGAUGGUCACUUUGAAAGAGAUGACCCUCACUCUUAUGGAAGGUUUGAUGGAACAAAGGCUCUCCAGCAGCAGCCAAAGCUUGCUCCUCUCCCAACUUCACAAAAUCCUAUGCAUAAUUUUAGUGGUUAUAACAUGGCACCUCCACAUUCAGUACCAAAUCCACAUAAUCUUGGUCCAUUGCCUAUUGGAACUUCAGUGAGGCCACCGUCAAGUAUGUUUGCUCCUCCAGAUUUUCCAAGCGUAUCUUCAGCUGAUGCAUACCGUCAACACCAUGAAGUCACUGCCAUGGGUGAAAACGUUCCUGCUCCUUUUAUGACAUUUGAGGCUACUGGAUUCCCUCCAGAGAUUCUGAGAGAGAUCCAUGCAGCAGGCUUUUCAAAUCCCACUCCAAUUCAAGCUCAGACAUGGCCUGUUGCACUGCAAAACCGGGACAUAGUAGCUAUUGCCAAGACAGGGUCUGGAAAGACGCUGGGGUACCUAAUUCCUGCUUUUAUACAUCUAAGGAGAUGCCACAAUAAUCCGAUGUUGGGUCCUACGGUAUUGGUUUUGGCCCCUACUCGCGAGCUUGCUUCACAAAUACAAGACGAAGUAGUUAAGUUUGGUCAAUCAUCUAGAGUUUCCUGCACAUGUCUAUAUGGUGGAGCUUCAAAGGGCCCUCAGCUAAGAGAACUUGAGCGUGGAGCAGAUAUUGUGGUAGCAACACCUGGACGUCUUAAUGAUAUUCUGGAGAUGAAGAAGAUUAGCCUCCAUCAGGAGGUGACAAAAAUAGCUGGGGAUUUACUAAGAGAUCCUGUCCAGGUCAACAUUGGCAGCGUCGAUGAACUUGUUGUUGCCAACAAAUCCAUCACUCAGUAUGUAGAGGUGGUUCCGCCUAUGGACAAGCAGCGACGCCUAGAGCAGAUUCUUAGAGAUCAAGAAAGGGGCUCAAAAAUCAUCAUAUUUUGCUCGACUAAGAAGAUGUGUGACCAGCUUGCUCGUGGCAUUGGUCGCAAUUUUAAUGCUGUAAGCAUUCAUGGUGAUAAAUCGCAGGCCGAAAGAGAUAAUGUUCUCAAUCAGUUUCGAACUGGCAGGGCUCCAAUAUUAGUAGCCACAGAUGUUGCUGCUCGUGGACUUGAUAUCAAAGAUAUCAGAGUGGUAAUCAAUUAUGACUUUCCAACUGGGAUAGAAGACUAUGUGCAUCGCAUAGGGCGUACAGGAAGAGCUGGCGCUACUGGUGUCUCGUACACUUUUUUCUCUGAACAAGAUUGGAAAUAUGCUGGUGAUUUGGUGAAACUCUUGCAAGGUGCCAACCAGCAUGUCCCUCCACAGCUGCAAGACAUGGCUGCACGCAGUGCUUCUGGAGGUCCAAGAAACCAGGCUGCUGGGAUGAGUCGCUGGGAUGGGCCUGGUGGUCGUCGUUUUGAACCUGGUGCUGGUGGCCCUGUUGGUUAUGGUGGUGUUAGGGAGGGUCCUGGAGGUUUCGGUGGUCGUGAGGGCCCAGGUGGAUUUGGUGUUCGAGAAAGCCCAGCAAUGUUUGGUGGCCGGGGUGGCCCUGGUGGCUUCGGUGGCCGGGAAGGCCCUGGUGGCUUUGGUGGCCAUGAGGGCCCUGGUGGCUUUGGUGGCCGGGAACGGGAGGGUCCUGGUGGCUUUGGUGGCAGAAAGGGCCCAGGUGGCUUUGGUGUGGACGAGAUGGCCCUGGGUCAGGUGGUUUUGGUGGUAGAGGGGCGUGGAUCUGGUGGUUUUGGCAGUAGAGGCGGAUCAAGCCCUGGGGGCUUUGGUGGACGUGGUGGCAGGGGUGAUUCUUCUGGUUUUGGUGGACGUGGCAGGGGGGAGAUUUUUCUGGUGGACGUGGUGGCAGGGGCCGUGGAUUUGGCGGGAGGGGACGUUCUGACCGAGGCCCACAUGACCGGUUUGUCUCAGAUGGACGGGGACGAUAUGAUAACCGUCGAGGAUUUGGAGACAAGGGUAGGGAUCAGAGCUACAGCCGCAGCCCAGAUAGAGGCCAGUCACGGGGUUAUGACAGAAGAAGUGACAGCAGGAGCAUUAGUAGGAGCAGGAGCCGUAGCAGGAGCUGGUCACGCAGCAGAAGCCGCAGCAGGAGCUGGAGCCGUAGUCGGAGCCGCAGCAGCAGCCGGAGUCGUAGCAGGAGCAGGAGCCGUGACCAUGGGGCAGCACUGGAGCGCAGGCCCCGAGCAAGAUCUGGUUUCGAUGUGCUGCCUCCUGCAGCUGGAGCAGCCGGACCUGCUGCACCUGUCCCUGUCCCUGUCCCUAUCCCUAUCCCUGGACCAGCAGCACCACCUGUUCCUGCUCUCGCACCUCAACAAUCACUGGCCGAUACAUCUUCAAUGUCGCCAAUGUCUCCUGGUGGCCUAG